AUGGUUGUAGAGGAGAAAGACAAGAGACAUGAAAGACUCAAAGUCUUACAUGUGGCCCUGAAUGCUGACCAUAGUCGGAUUUUCAUUGAAAAUGCAAAAUUAAAGGUUGACUUGGCAAAAAGAGACUCUAUGUCUUUAGUGGGCCCUAAGCCAGAGGAGUUGGAGAAAAGGAAGGAAGAAUUACAAAAAGCAAAAGAAGAGGUGGCGGCUGGAAGCAGGCGCAGGCUGGGGAGCAGGCAGCCGGUAGCGCGAGGAGGCGAUGGCCGAGGAGGGCCAGGCGGGGGGGUCGUAGGGAGCUGGAGGCGCGGGGAGUGGAGGGCCGACGAUUGUGGGCCGCAGGGAGCCGAAGGUGCAGGGAGCGAAGGGUCGGCGGCUGGGCAUCGGGCGGCGGAGGCUGCAGGUGGCGGGUGUGGUGCCGACGGGGGCUGGGGAGCUGGUGGCCAGCAGGGAGCCGGCGGGGACCAGGACUGGCAGGGGUGUCGGAGUUGUCAGGGGAGGUGUAGGGCCCGAAGCCAGGGGAAGUCCGUGGGCUGUACUAACAACGACAGGGGUCCCACGAGUCAUGCAAUCGGGCAGCCUGUGGCAAAUUUACAGAAAGGAUAA